CCUGCUUCAUUCCGCUUCAUUCUAUUCCAUUUCCUCUUUUUUCAUCCAUUUUUCCCGCAUUUCAGAAAUCUGUGAAAAUAUGAUCACCCUGGAGGAGAGGAGAGGAGAGAGAAGAGAGAGGAGAGCAGCGCGGUGCAGGUUAUAAGGGAAAGAAAAAAGGAGGGAAGAAGGAAGGAAAAAAAGGGAGGAGGACGCAAAAAAUAAAUAAUAAAGGAAAUCAAAAAGGCCUCGGGAUUUCUAUAUUUUCUAUAUUUGGAUUUUUAUGGCUGGUGGUGAGGCGGGGGUCUGCACAGCACAGCAGCACAAAUGGGUUAGACUGGGAUUAGUCAUGAUGUGGAGCUAAAAAAAAAAGAUGUCAGCUCCGGAGAUGCCGGACCUGAGCCACCUGACCGAGGAGGAGAGGAAGAUCAUCCUCUCGGUCAUGGAUCGGCAGAGGAAAGAAGAAGAGAAGGAGCAGUCCAUGUUGAAGGAGUCUCUCAACAAAGGGCCAAUGUCCCAGCUUACUCAGAGGCUGCAUCAGCAGUUUGAGAUGUAUAAGGAUCAGGUGAAGAAGCUCGGUGAAGAGUCUCAGAAGAAUCAGGAGCAGAAGAGCGACUCUCCAACCUGCGGAAUUUGCCACAAAACCAAAUUUGCCGACGGCUGCGGCCACGUGUGUUCUUAUUGCCAAACCAAGUUCUGCGCUCGCUGCGGGGGCCGAGUGUCUCUGCGCUCCAACAAGGUAAUGUGGGUGUGCAACUUGUGCCGAAAACAACAAGAAAUCCUCACCAAGUCAGGCGCCUGGUUCUAUGGAGGUGCUGAGGGCCGAAGGUUAGGACCCGAGGUCAAAGGUCAUCUAGACCCAUCUGGAUUAGCUGUGAAAAGUGCUUCAGGUGUUCCAGUGGAUAGAAGAAGAAGCCCAUCGGCAUCCAGGACGCACAAAGGGGACGUCGUAGGACGAUUUCAGCAUGGGGACGGCGUCAUACCUCGCUCUCCGUCUGACUCGAACCGCUGGCGUUACCAGGACCGCCACUUGGACGUUCAAAUAGACGAUCGUGAGCUCCAACGGCAGCGCGAGGAGGAGUAUCGCUCUCGGUACCGCAGUGACCCCAACCUUGCGCGGUACCCUGUUAAACCGCAGCCUUACGAGGAGCAGAUGCGAAUCCACGCUCAGGUUUCUAGAGCACGGCACGAGCGGCGCCACAGCGACGUUUCCUUGGCUUUCACAGAGCUCGACGAGGCUCACAACGGUUUCGACGGACGACGCCCCGCAUCAAAGCGCUCGUAUUCGAUGGACAGAAGCUCGCCGGCUCUCAGGACAUUCAGUAAAACGCACCAUCUGGACCCGGGCAUGAUGGAUGGUGUGAUGAGGACCGACUCGCUCAGCUCAGAUCAGUCAGAAUCCAUGAGGCCUGCGAGGAGUCGGAGAACAGGACGGUUCAUGGCGGCGGGGAGCUUCAGCAGCUCGGAGGAGGAGAUCAACACCACGCCGGAGUACACGAGCUGUGAGGACGUGGAGCUCGAGUGUGAAUCCUUUGGUGAGAAAGGAGAUAUGGACGGCCACUGGUGGGAUUAUGCGUCUUGGCAUAACGAGUCCUCGUCAAUGUCUAUGCACCCGGUGACAUGGCAGCCGUCCAAAGAUGGAGAUCGGUUAAUCGGGCGGAUUUUACUGAACAAGCGGAUGAAGGAUGGCACGGUGCCCCGAGACACGGGCGCUCUGCUCGGCCUGAAGGUGGUUGGAGGUAAAAUGACUGAAUCUGGUCAGCUUUGUGCUUUUAUUACCAAAGUGAAAAGAGGAAGCUUAGCGGAUACAGUCGGCCAUCUCCGACCAGGUGAUCAGGUUCUCGAGUGGAACGGCAGAGUUCUUCAGGGAGCCACGUUUAAGGAAGUUUAUAAUAUUAUUCUAGAGUCCAAACCUGAGCCGCAGGUUGAGCUCCUGGUCUCGCGGCCCAUCGGUGACGUACCCAGAAUUUCAGAAAGCACACAUGGACAGCUUGAAUCCAGUUCAAGUUCAUUUGAAUCGCAGAAGAUGGGUCCAUCCAUUUCCGUCACAUCUCCCAUGAGUCCCGGCGUCCUUCGUGAUGCUCCACAGUAUCUGUCUGGACAACUUUCAAGUCCAUGCCUUAAUAGAAGAACCACGCCUUUUGUCCCUAGGGUCCAGGUUAAGCUUUGGUACGACAAAGUGGGACACCAACUCAUCGUCACCAUUUUGGGCGCCAAAGACCUGCCUGCUCGAGAGGAUGGCCGUCCCAGGAACCCCUACGUCAAAAUUUACUUCCUUCCUGACAGAAGUGAUAAAAGCAAAAGAAGAACGAAAACAGUGAAGAAGUCACUAGAACCUAAGUGGAACCAGACGUUCAUGUACUCGCCCGUGCACAGGCGUGAGUUCAGGGAGCGAAUGCUGGAGAUCACACUGUGGGACCAGGCACGGGUUCGAGAGGAGGAGAGCGAGUUCCUUGGAGAGAUUUUAAUAGAGCUGGAGACGGCCCUGCUGGAUGAUCAGCCUCAUUGGUACAAACUCCAGACGCAUGACGUUUCCUCCAUGCCACUGCCGAACCCUUCACCGUACAUGCAGAGACGCUUCAUACAGGGAGAAAGUCCGACACGGAGACUACAGAAUAAAGGCUCAUAUUAUCACGGCCCAGGAUCACAGCGAAUCAGUGACAGCGAGUUUUCCGACUACGACUGCGAGGACGGAAUUGGCGUCAUACCAGAUUACCGACACAAUGGCAGAGAGUUCCAGAGCUCCACUCUGUCCGUUCCUGAGCAGGUCAUGUCGUCCAAUCAUCGCUCUCGAUCGGAUGUGAUGCGCAAUCGCUCUCGUUCUCCCAGCGUUCCUCCUCCUCACAGUCGGAGUUUAGAUCACGGCGUGAGAGGACCGGUGCAUUAUGGGCCUCGACAUCGACUCUCGGAAGACCGAUAUUCUCCUGAUAGAAACUCAGUCACUCACCCUCAUCGAGUCCGAACCAGAUAUCACACCAUCGAUACGCCUUUCCAGGACCACAGACAUUACAAUGGUCCCAAUCAUGUUCCCUCACCGUGGCCUAAUCACGUCCCGAACGGAUCCUCUGAUGAUUACAGGAACUGCCCCAAGAUAGAAAUCGAGCCUUCCACAGAUGCAGAAAGAGAGGAUCAUAUACCAGAGUUUCCAGUUAGCCACGAACCAUUUGAGGAGGAUUUGAGGUACGCUCGUGCCACAGUGGACAGACAUUACAGGUCGAGGUCAGCUGACCAGCGCCCCAUGAUGGAGAGACAGUUCUACACUCGCUCGCGCUCGUCCGAGCGUCCUGAACCGUCCUACAUGAGGUCCAUGCCGUCUUUACCCUCCAGGAGAUCUGCCCCUCCCUCUCCUGCCUUAACGAGGGCGAAUCCUCGGGCCGGAUCGGUCCAAACGAGUCCCUCAGGCACACCAGCGUCGGCUCGAAGAGGUCGGCAGUUACCGCAGGUCCCUCCGAAGGGCUCCAUCGACAGAAAUGGUGGAGAGGGCGUGGCAGAGCCUUACGAAGCCUCUGUUAAUGAAGUUGUAGCGGUAUCUGUGACUCCGCCCCUUGAGCAGUCCCCUGCCCCGCCCCCAAUAACACAAACAACACCUGGUAAAACUUUACAGAAAAUCUCAGAGUAGAUGAUCUGUUGAAUGUGUUUGUUGUUAUGUUUUGAACAUUUGAUCCACAGCACACUAGUACAGUUUAGGGUCAUAGGUCAUGCUAAUCGCUAAUGCUUAGCAUGGGUUAGUGUGUUGAGCUUUUGUUUUAUAGACUAAUAGAAAGCGCCCCCUAGAGCACACAUUAGACCAUUACAUAGUGACUAAAUGAUAUUAGUCUAUAGAGUUUCAUUUUGUUAUUUCUCUCUCAUUGUCUCUCAGUCCUGUCACUUUCACACAUCUAACUGCACAAUCUCUUUCCUUUCUGCUUUUUCAUCCUUUAUCUGCAUCCUGUGUUCUCGUUAAUGUGUGAAGUGCCUUCGUCCUUCACACACACCGCAGCUGGUAAUGAUGAUUAGCAGCAGUUAGACAUGUUUCCAUGAUUUUACAAAAUAACAGUCCUGUAGUGUUCCCUCAGUCCCCAGUUAGUGCGCUGGAAACACUCCAUGUUAGUGUGUGUCGUGAGAUAUGACAUUUUAGAGUUAUAGAUUUCUGAUAUUGGGUCAGAAAUUGAUAUUCCUUAUAAACUGGCAAAUCAGUAGAACUUUUUACUAGAUAGAUUUUUACCAGAAAAAAAUAAAGAUUUUUAACAUUUUUAUGAUGUUAUUGAGCCAGAAAAAGCUUACUGUAAUCUUCAUUGAGUGAAUCAGUAAAUAUUACACGUGAGUUCAUACACACUCAGCUAGCGACUAAUAAACCUGGUGUAACUCAGAGUAAUGUAUUUAGUGCUAUAUAGUACAUUAUAUUACAUUUAUUAAUAUUUUAUACAUUGUGUGUAUCAUAGAGACGGUCAGCAUGGUCUGCUUUUUACAAGAAAUUACCAAGAAAUGAAAAAGUUAGCAGAAAGGCGACUGGACCAAUUAGAUUUGAGCAAAAAUAUAUAUUUUUUAGAAAUAUUACUACAUGAUAUUACUACAUACAAUAAGUUGUGGCAAGUAGAUUGAUCAUGUAGAUUUUACAAAACAAAAAUCCAAAAGCAGGCAGAAAUGUUUGGUUCCAAGUAGAACAAAUAAAUUUUACAAAACCAAACUAAAUGAAAUAAUUACUGUACCAAAUCAAAUUGAUUCACCAAAUAGAUUUUACCAAGUAAUAAAACUUCACCAGAAACCUUACUGUACCAAGUAAAUUUAUCGUGUAUCAUUUUUGCCAUGAAAUAAAAAGUUAACAGAAAAGUAUUAUACCGUGGAGAUUUACCAAGUACAUUUUUACCUUUUUUCAUUUUUUUAAAAUUCACUGUAAAGGUGUACCAUGUUAUAAAAAAAAGUAAUCAGAAAAGUUACGAUUUUACAAAAAAGUUACUGAAAGAAUUAUUCUAUCAACUAGAUUUAACCCAAAAUUUUGCAAAAGUUACCAGAAAAGUUACUGUACCAAGUAGAUUUUACAAACAAACAAACAAAGUAAAUAAAGUACCAAGUAAAUUUUAGAAAAACAAAAGUGUUUUUUUAUAAAAUCUUCAUGUUAUGAUGAGAAAAUUCCAUUAUCAUCCAUCCCACUGUCAUUUUUGCUUUAUUGUGGUUUUUAUUCUGUUUUUUUUUCAAUAUGCCUCCGUCAUUUUCGUCACCAAAGCUCCAGUGUGGGUGGAGCCUCUGGCUCCAUUGGGGGCGGAGCCUCCAGCCCCAGCGCCUCCCCCUGCACCAGACCCCGUCUCCGAACCAGACCCCGCCCCUUCAUUGCCUCUUGAACCUGUCAUUUCACAUUCAUUUGGAUCAGCUCCGCCUCCACCUCCGCCUCCCCCAGUGCCAGGUGUGUCAGUAGUGUGUGAUUUCCAUCCACUCGCUUAUUUCCAGCAGUUUUUUGAAGACGGCUGAAAAUGGAACCUUUAAACAGGAAAUGAGAUAAAGGGUGAUGGAAACAGAUGCAUAAACAGUUUGGAGCUCAUGGAGGCGUACACUGAUGUUUAUCUGACUGUUUGGUACCGAAGUAGCCCACACAAGUGUGUGUGUGUGUGUGUGUUUGGCAGUUACUCUUUUGAUGAUGUCGUCUCCUCUUUAGAUUAGCUGAUCAUCUAAAAGAUGUUGUCUUCACCACUUUUUUGAUAAUUUCCGCAACAUUCCAGAAAACGUUUGGAUGGAAACACACUUAAGCAGACCUGGUGGCAUGUGAAUGUCUGUGGUUUUGUGUGUGUGUGUGUGUGUGUGUGAACCACACAAGUUAAUCAUUGUAAUCAAGCAAAAUACACACUGUCUUUGACGCUUUUAUGUAUGUCAGAGUGAGAAUAUAAGAAGUGUGUGUGUGUGUGUGUGUGUGUGGUUGCUGUGGUGUGCCAUUGUGAUGCCUCAUUUCUUCCUUUACCACUGACACGUGUGUGUGUGUGUGUAUGUUCUCAUCAUGUUAAGAAAUUGAGGAAAAGUCUGUGGCUCCCCCACCUGUCAACGGUCGGAAAGGCAAGUGCACGCUGUGUGUGUGUGUGUGUGUGUGUUAUAGACUAGCAUGAGCCUCAUAUCCGUGUACAGAACUGUAAAUGAUGUAAUAAGAGCUUCAUUAGGGAGCACACAUGAGGUAAUGCUCUGUCUCUGCAUGUCACUGCUCUGUCUCUCUCGCUGUCCCAGCUGACGUACACGCUAACGGUUGCACGGAUAUUCGUUUUUACUAUUCACCCAGUAAUUCCAAAACGUAGUCGACUACUCAUCUUUUCCAUAGUUACAACAAAAACUCUUUCGCGAUGUCUCUCUCUCAUCUGUGCAGUGAAGAACACUUCCUAGCGUACUUCAGUUCACAGCCACGCACAGGAUACACAUUUCCGGCUUCAGUGCUUUUUAAACUGCACCAUUAAUGAUGAAAGUAAAUAAAUCAGUGCAAUAAAUGUGCAAAAUAAUAAAUCUGCAUAUCAUCUUACACUAUAUAAGGACAUAGCAGUUCUUAAAAUGCGCUUGUGUGGACUACGUUGCGGCUGAAAUCACUGAUUCUGGAGCUGAGAGUGCGCAGCAUGGAAGCUCGUGUCCGUCAGCAGAGCCUUCGUUACUGCUCACUCAGCCGCCUUGCUCGGCUUGAGAGGUUUUUCUGGGAGGUUUUUCUCUAGCAGAUAAUCACCGCCAUGUUCACCUGUGGCUUCAGUAGCAUCCGAAAACGAAAACUUGAAACUAGUCAUAACAGCCCCUUUUAAAAACCUGACUGAGUGAGAUUGGAUAGCGAUGUGCAACCCGCGGCUCAGAGUGUGCGAUUCGAAUGAGCUGGUCAUGACAGAUUUUAUUAAAAUUUUAUUUAGCUUUAAAGUACAACAUGCAGGAGUGGGAUUAAAAUCAGUCUCUACUUCAUACAGAGUGAUAUUAAAGGGUUAACAGUCCAAUAAAUAAAAAAUAACAAUAAUAAAAAAAGACUUCUCCCAGUGUAGUCUUGUGCAUUUGAGGGUAGAAGUCUCUUUAUCGUCUGUCUCGAUGUUUUUUUCCUCCACUCCGUCUAGUCGACAUCCUGCAGCGGUGAUUAGUCCACGGUGUUGGCUCACUAGUCUAUGCAACCCGUAGAAUAUAGCAUUAGCACUAAAGUCUUUCUUUGUCUUUCAUAUUUCUGUGGCGUGACAUCAGAGGUGACGUGGGAGGACCUGCAGAAGAAAGUCACUGGUAUGGAGUGCAUUAUGGGCCCUGUAGCGUGACCUUUGACCCAGAAGGGUCAUUAUUAGUUAGCUUUAGUGUGUGUAGUGCUGUGUUUUUGCUCUUCCUCCUGCAGUGAUGCUCACACACACACACACACACACACACACACACACGGUACAGAGGCUCUAUCGGGACAUGAUGACAUCAGAAAGUGUCAGGGUUCAGUCUCAUUUCCAUAUGCGCAUAUCUGAUUUACAUAUUUAUCACCAAAAAAAGAAAUGACUGUGAUUGAUUUACAUAUUUUUAUAUCUGUCUUUCUCUCUCACUCUCUUUCUGUCUUUCCAGCUUUUUUUCACUCUUUUUCACUCCCGUUUUACAUUUCUUUCAGUUUCUCUCUGACUCUUUCUUUCUCCUUUUCUCUAUCUCUAAAUCUUUCUUUUCCAGUGUCUUCUUUUAGCUUUCUUUCUUUCUGACCCUCGUUAUCUUUUUUCCUCUCCCCCUGUCUCCUUCCAUUCAUCUUUAUUUUUCUCUGAUCCUCUCUUUUUCUUUCUUUCUUUGUUUUUUGUCUGUCUUUCAGUCCCUCACUUUCUUGCUCUCUUUCACUCUUCCCUGUUAUUCCAUUUCUCAUGUUUCUGUUAUUUACACUGUCUCUUUUUCUCAUCACAGUCUUUGUCUUUUUUCUUUUUCUCCCAUUUUAUUCUCUUUCUCUGUCCUUUUCUGUCUGUUUUUUAUUCUCUGUAACUCUCUUUCCCUCUUUCCCUCUGUUAGUCUCUAUUUUCUGUCUCUGUCUCUCCCUACUCUUCCACUUUCUCACUCUGUCUGCCUUAUUUAUUUAUUUUUCUGUCUUUUUUCUGUCUUUUUUCUGUCUCGCUCUCACUCACUGUCCUUCCUCUCACCCACUUUCUUUUCCAUUCGUUCUGUCUGUGCACUUUUUCUCUCCAUCUGUUUUUUUCUUUUAUUCUUUCACUUUCUCUUUUUCUCUCUGUCUCUCUCUCUCUCCAGCUAAGACUGAUGUAGAGAGAUGACAGGAUUAUUUAUUUAUAAAGCAAUGAUUCCAUCGAAAAACUGGAAUUCAAUAGCCACUAAUUAGCGUUACACAAGUGGCAACAUGCUCAUUUGAAACUGUUCACUAUUACUCGCUGUUAGCAAGGUUAGCAUUUUAGCAUCUUUAAUAAUUGAUCAUUACACUGUACAUAAGACGGUUCAUAAUGUUACUGAGAGAGAAAGAUAGGACACACACACACCAACACACACACACUGUAGUAGAUGAUGCAGAAACACAAUCUUCUGCUGUAGAGAACUGCAUUAGUGAACACUGACAGUGUGCUUAUUAGUUAUUAGAUUUAUUAGUGUGUAGUGGAAGUGUGCUUAGGUAAUGUGAGUGUGUGUGAGUGUGUGUGUGUGUGUGAGAUGCUUUUCUUUUGAGUCUCUGAUACUUCCUGACACAGUUAGACAUGUGCCAGUAGUUGUUUAUAAAGUGCAUCAUGCUGUAGGAAGUGUUCUAUAAUGUCAGAUAUCAGGACUCAGUGUGUGUUCGCUCUCAUUAGCUACAUAUUCAUGUAGCGUGUUUGCAUUAGACUAGCGUUAGUCAGCAAACACAAGCAAUAUUUUCUCUGAAAGGAUGUAGCAACACACACACACACACACACACACAUACAGCGUGUCAUUUAGUUUCUUUAGGUUUCUUUUAACCCUGCGAAGUGGCGAAUCCUAGCAGUGUAAUCCAAUAUAAAAAGAAAAUUUCAUUACUGUGAUUUCUUCUUUCUGACAAAAGAGUGGAAUUUGUGCUAAUUACCAAGUGGCACUUUUCUAAAUCUGAAGCUAGCGAGAAACUGCAAGCUAACACAUGGUGCAUCCAGGGUGUGUUAGAAGUGAGGAUAUACGAUGUACUUUAAUUUUAAAUUAGACGCCACCGGAGCUACACAAAGCUACUGAGUGAGAUAAAUCCUGAUAAAUGAUUAGCUGAUUAUUAGCAUGAUGGAAUAUCGGCACAUGCCUAAGUGCACUGAACACGCACGCAUGACUUGUUUGUGGUGGAGUGUGUGUGAUUUAUUAUUUUUUUAAACAUGUGAUCAUUUUGCCUCCAUUUUGCAUUUCAUCCACACCCUCAUCCUCGCUCCGGCUCAGUCGAGACAGUCACAGAGAACGGAGAUGCAGGUAAACGAACGCGAGCUCCAGUCUUUCCAUGACUCUGAUGCUCUUUUAAUGACGUGUCACUACACGUCACUCACUUCAGAGUGUUUAACACAACAGCGGCUGAUAGAAACGCUUUCACAUUGGUGUCGCAAAGCAUCUGGAUGAAAACGGGACUUGUAGGAGUGUGUAGGAGUGUGUAGGAGUGUGUUCUCCUGCAUUUUCUUUUUUCCUCCCCAACAUUUACUUAAUUUACUACAGAUUUGGAUAAUGAUGUAGACUAGUGUGGUGUGUCUGGUGACUCUCUGUGUUUGGUCUCCAAAUGUCCACUCCUCUCUCUCUCUCUCUCUCUCUCUUUCUCUGUCUCUUUCUCAGCUUUCCCAUCUCUCUCUCUCUCUUUCUCUUUCUCAGCCCUCCUGGCUGUCUCUCUCUCUUUCUCAGCCCUCCUCUCUCUCCCUCUCUCUCUCUGUUUCUUCUUUUUCUCAGCCCUCCUUGCUGUCCUUCUCUCUCUCUCUCUCUCUGUCUCUCUCUCUGUUUCUUUUUCUCAGCCCUCCUUGCUGUCCUUCUCUCUCUCUCUCUCUCUCUCUCUCUCUCUCUCUCUCUCUCUCUCUGUUUCUUUUUCUCAGCCCUCCUUGCUGUCUUUGUCUCUCUCUUGCAGCCCUCCUGGCUGUCUCUCUCUUUUUCUCAGCCCUCUUAUCUCUCUCUCUCUCUCUCUCUCUCAGCCCUCCUGUGUGUUAGAGUUAUAUAGAGUACUUAUAUACUAUAGUUAUGUUCUGUAUAAAACAAAUUUGUGUAAAAGUUGGCUAUGGAAGUUUUGUAUGAAGUGGCUCGUGUAACUGGGGCUUGGUCAGGGAGGAAGUGUUAUUAGAAAUAUUUAUUAAAGAAAAUAAUGAGUAUGAGUAUUAAAGGUCUAAACCUUAAACCUUAAAGCUUGACUAAUACUAUUGUCUGUGUUAAUGUCCUACUGAGUAAAAAUACUCAACACAGUAGACCUUAUAGGAUGUUUUCGCAACUUCUAUUUCUCCGAUCGUCCAGAGCGCUCUCAUUAUCACCAAAAAUGACUCUGUCCAACCUGCAAACCUCCCAAAGUGCAAACAUCUCCUACUCGACUUUAUAGUAAAUGUUCGAUAGUAAAUCUGCAGAAGUCCUGGAAAUCGGGAUCAAAACUUAUAAAUCAGUCUGUGUAUUAGAACUGAGAUGAGAUCAGUAGCUUGCAGUGCAUCGGACACACAUUCACUCUGGUGUCAGACUUAUAAUUUAUUAUUUAUCUUUUGUAAAUAUUGUCAGUAAAGAAACAGGAUAAUGUAAUGAACCUUCAUUUCACUGGAAUUGUGUGACUUCUGCGGAUUUCUACAGAUCACCUGAAGUGCUUUUCCGGGAACAUUUACUAUCAAAUCGAGUAAAAGUGUUCCACAUCGGUAGGUUUUCAGGUCAGAGAGAAUUAGAGAGCUGUUUUUGGUGGUAUUCAGAGAGUGGAGGAUAGUUGGAGAAAUAAGAUCUCGAGUUACGUUGAUAUGCACCUCAAAUCACCAUUUUGAGACUGUAGUGUAACAAACAUGAGAAAUCUGACAGUGUGCUUUUCUAACAGUGUUGUUGAUACAGAACCUGCACAAAGUGUGAGGGGAUUUCACAAGUUCAGCUGUGCUAAUUUUAUUCUCAUUAUUAGUAAUAAGUUUGCUGCAGAGCAGGAGGUGAAACCUCAGACCUUAGUGCUUUUGGUGCACCUCUGGCAGAGCCGGUGCUGCUCAGCUGCAGUCUAUCCCUGUGUUUCCAUGGAGUUUUAACCUUUAAUAUUAGAGAACGUCCUCACAGAGAACAUGGUUCUAGUCUCUAUCCAACCAGCUAACUGUAUUUAUAAUGGAAAAAUUCCAAAAUGUUUAUUUUUUUCCAUGAUAUUCAGCAUUUUUAAUGUUUUUC